CGUUCUAUCUGCGCUUCACAUUUACUUAAAUUCAUAGAUACUUUAGAAGUAAAUUCCUGCUACUCUUGUUUCACUGUUUGAUAAACUGUGAAUUAUCAGCCACGUAAGCCAUGUACAUCUUAGAUGUUACUACCAUGAGUAAACCGCUAGAGAAGUUUUAUCCUCUAGCCAUUGCGGCUACAGCCUUGACUGUGUACAGCACCUCUCUAGGGUGCGACCUUGUGUUUGACGAUGUAGCAGCGAUUCAGAGGAAUCGCGACGUGCGCCCUUCCAGCCCAUUGCUUAACCUUUUUCUCAAUGAUUUCUGGGGAACUCCACUGCAAAAGGAACAAAGUCACAAGUCUUACCGUCCAAUCACGGUCUUCACCUUCCGACUCAACUAUGCCGUCCACGGUCUUCAGCCUUUUGGUUAUCACGUGAUCAAUGUUUUGCUUCACGCCUUAGUCUGCGUCUUGUAUUACAGAUUGUGCCUCCUCUUCUUGCCUCGUGUUGUCAGUUUCGUCGCCGCCAUUUUGUUUUCCGUCCAUCCGAUUCACACAGAAGCAGUCGCCGGUGUGGUUGGAAGAGCUGAACUCCUCUCAGCUGUCUUCUUUCUGAGUGCCUUGUCUCAUUACGUACGGCUUAAACAGCGUUACGACCACGUGGGAUGGCGCUGUUGUGCAGAAACAGCGGCUCUUGCAGUAUGUGGAACACUUUGUAAAGAGCAAUGUUUGACCGUUUUGGUGGUCUGUUUUAUCUACGAGUUACUCUCUACGAAGGUCUGGAAAUGGGUUAUUCUUGGCCAGGGGCUGGUGUCGCCAUGGAUACGAAAAUCCCUGACGAGACUCGGAUUUCUAGGGCUCGUCGCUCUUUUGGUGAUAGCGUUACGCUUGAAACUGAUGGGACCGUACUUACCGCAAUUCAACAGGUUAGGGGACCGUAUUAAC